UGCCUGGUGGACAGCGCACUUGAAGCGAAACAAUACGAGUAAAUGUGAGCCCAAAUUAAUUAUUAAAUUUGUCGAGACUUCAAAGGGUUUUCCUUUGUGCAAUCUCAGCUCGAAUCUGGCCUAAAAGCGCUUCAGGGUAAGGACUCAAGAAACUACUGCUACUAAUUAUCUGUUGCUUAAUAUGAUAACUUUGGUGGGUCCAUUUAAUUAACAAGGAAAUGGAAGCAUUAUGACUGUUACCAUUUACAUUCUAUAGUUACAGUAAUGCAACGUUAUUAUACCUAUUUUUUAAUAAUUAAAUUUAAUUUUGAAGCUGGCUAAUAGAGUAACAGGUAUCUGCAAGUCCGAACAUUCAUGUUAGCUAGUAUUGAACACUCAUGCUUUAUGAUUGCAAACAAGAUAAAGUUCAAAUGAUUGGAUCAUUCCAAUAACAAUUAUAAACAGAUUAUAUACAGAUUCAUUUAAUUCUGAGGAAAGGUAUAACUUGGAGUUUUUUAAAUUCAGUGGCACAUAGAACGAUGAAAAUUACGUUACUGGUGAUUCUUUGCAGUUGCCUCAUGUGGCAAGUACUGGAGUCUCAGAUGAUUUACAAGCUGAAAAAGGUGGAUUGCAGGGAAAAUCCGGUGCGGUUGAAAAACGUUUCAUGCCGCUUAAAGGCCAUCAAUUGGAAUGUGGCGAUCGUCAACAUGGACUGCGAUUUGUUUAUGCCUAUAGUACGCCCAGUGAUUCGCGUUCAGGUCCUUAAAAAGGAUUACAGCAACCAGUUCCAGCCAUUUCUUAUCGACGUAAAGUUUGGAUUUUGCGAGGUGGUCGAAAAGAGAAGCUACUUUCCCUACGCCCUAAUCGUUUGGAAAUUGUUUAAACGAUAUACCAACGUUAACCACUCCUGUCCAUUUUCCGGUCACCUAAGCACACGAGAUGGAAUUCUGGGAUCUGAAAUACUUCCACCUUUUCCAGAGGGCUUAUUCGAAUUCCGCUUUACAUUCUGGGAUACCAAUUCAACCAACACCGAACACUUGGGCACUGUGAAACUUUUCAUUCAAGUCAUGGAGGCCAUAAGGAGCAAGAGAAGACCACCCCCUUAA